AAGCAGUUGUUGAUGCAAGAGAGAUGGAUAUAGUUGAAUCUGUACACAAUCUUGCUGUCCAAAAUCCUGCCGAGGAGGAUUUUUCGGCUGCCGAUUUGACCUGGACUAAGUUUGGUACUGCUGAGCAUCACGAUGAGGUUGCCCUCAUUCCUUACGAUCGUGUUGAUGCCUUUAUAAUUGGAGAAUGCUCUAAUCCCGAGUGCCCUACCCGCUUCCAUAUCGAGAGGGGAAGAAAAAGAGCCAGAGGCACUUUGAAGGACUACAAGACUGAUGAAUAUUUGGAAUACAAGUUGUACUGGUGUUCAUUUGGCCCUGAAAAUUACGGUGAAGGUGGAGGAGUAUUACCUAGUCGGAAAUAUCGUCUUAAUACCCGAAAUCGUGCUGCAAGGCCCCAAUCCAUGCGUGGCUGUACAUGCCACUUUGUAGUGAAGCGCUUGUAUGCCCGAUCGUCACAGGCACUAAUUAUAUACAAUGAAAGGCGUCAUGUAAACAAAUCUGGUUUUGUCUGCCACGGACCACUUGACAGAGAUGCCAUUGGUCCUGGAGCCAAAAAAAUUCCAUAUAUUUGUAAUGAAAUUCAGCAGCAAACAAUGUCUAUGAUUUAUCUUGGUAUUCCUGAGGAGAAUGUGUUGGAGAAACACAUCGAGGGGAUUCAACGAUACUGCGGUUCAAAUCCAAAAGUCAACAGCCUUGCUUCACAAUAUGUCCAUAAACUUGGAAUGAUCAUCAAACGGUCUACUCACGAGUUGGACCUAGAUGAUCAAGCUAGCAUCAGGAUGUGGGUUGAACGCAAUAAGAAGUCUAUCUUCUUUUAUCAAGAUUCUUCAGAAUCAGAUGCUUUCAUUCUGGGAAUUCAAACAGAAUGGCAAUUGCAGCAAAUGAUCCGUUUUGGUCACCGCAGUCUCAUUGCAGCAGAUUCAGCAUUUGGCAUUAAGAGACUCAAGUAUCCGUUGUGCACACUUCUUGUUUUUGAUUCGAGACAACAUGCACUUCCUGUUGCAUGGAUCAUCACGCGUAGCUCUGCAAAACCAGAUGUUGCUAAGUGGAUGAAGGCUCUACUUGGUCGAGCAUCAAGUGUGGAGCCUGGAUGGAAGAUCAGUGGAUUCUUGAUUGAUGAUGCUGCUGCUGAAAUUGAUCCCAUAAGGGAUGUAUUUGGCUGUCCUGUUUUGUUUUCCCUCUGGCGAGUUCGCAGAACAUGGCUGAGAAAUAUUGUCAAAAAGUGCAGUAACAUUGAAGUUCAGCGUGAGAUUUUCAAACGUCUGGGAGAGAUAGUUUACAGCAUUUGGGGUGGAGUCGAUACUUUGUCUGCCUUGGAAGAGUUGACUCAUGAUCUUGUUGAUCAGACUGCAUUCAUACAAUAUUUCAAAGCCUCUUGGGUGCCUAAGAUUGAAAUGUGGUUAUCGACUAUGAGAGCUCUUCCCCUAGCAAGUCAAGAGGCUUCAGGUGCCAUAGAAGCUUAUCAUGUAAAGCUGAAAGCUAAAUUGUUUGAUGAUUCACAUCUUGGUGCACUCCAAAGGGUGGAUUGGUUAGUGCACAAGCUGACAACUGAGCUGCAUUCAAGUUACUGGCUGGAUCGGUACGCUGAUGAAAGUGAUUCUUUUCAAAAUGUCAAGGAGGAAUAUAUUGCAUCUACAUCAUGGCACAGGGCUCUGCAAAUUCCCAAUUCUUCUGUUACUGUGGAUGAUAAGGAUCAUCUCUUUGCCAGGGUAUCAAGUCAAAAGGACAACAAUGUAACACAUAUAGUGUGGAAUCCCGGAUCAGAAUUUGCUUUUUGUGAUUGUGCAUGGUCAUUGCAGGGAAACCUUUGCAAGCAUGUUAUCAAGGUCAAUAUGAUUUGUGAAAACGGUGAAGGUUAUCAACCCUCAAUGUCAUUUCGGGCUUUCAAGGAGCUAUUGACAAGUCUCUGGAAAAAACCAAUGGAUGACUCGGUUGGUCUAGAUUUGUCUAUUGCCUGGGCGCACCAGAUGCUGGAUCAAAUUAAACAGCUUGUUGAACUGGAUAGUUCAAAAACUAUUGGUACUGUGGUAAAUAACAUGCCAUUGAAAUGGGUUUCAAAGAAGGGAAGAACAUCUAUUGGCAUUCCCUCAUCAGUUCUGGCUCUUCCAUCCAGUUCCAAGAGUGGUUCAAACAAUGCUGUUGCACGGAAGAAAAGUAAAAAACGUAAAAGAUUGUCAAGAUUGAGGUAGCAUCAGUUAGUAGAUAAAAGAUGUCUUGUGGAUGUCUCUGACCCGUGCUGCCAAUUGAAACAUGCUCAUGCUCGCUUUGGUUUCUAAGCUUGUCGAGCAAUGUCAUCCUUACUCCACUGUAGGGGGAAGUCUCCUGAAUCUUGAUCCAUAUUCAAUCGACCAAGAUCAGUAUACUCGCAGCCACCAUAAUUUUGUUCUGAUGCUAUGCAUGGUAUAUCUUUGCUGCAAUUGCAAAUAUAAAUGUGCCUUGAGGUACAUCAAAGCGUGUCUGAACACUUACAUGCUUCUGCACAUUCCUCGGCAGGUUCCAGGAUGUGGCUGCCAUCAUUUGCUUCAAAUGUUGGAAGGAUUCUUGAGCAUGUGACUGGAUUAUUUCGUUCUCUCAAUCCACAGAGCUGCAUACAUGGAGGUCUCUUAGGUUUCUUUUUGUUCAGAAAGGAAAUAUUGGUGAAAAAUACGCCAUUGAAUUUAUAUUUAUCAAUUUUUGUAGUUUUGGUUGCAUGAAAUUUGUGUAGAUUUUAUACAACUAUUGACCUGUUUUCACUUGUUUUUAAUUACUUGCAAAAAUUGCUAGGUCAUGCAGAGUUAGAAUGGAUCA